AUGGAUGAGGAAGAACUUUCUUUCAUACCCCACAGCAAAUCUUACGUGUGGAAGCCCCCAAUAAAAUUGUCUGAUUGCUCGUCUGAAUACCUCCAAAAUUGUCCUGUUGACUACAGUCUUCUGGAAAACCCCUUUAACUCCAAACCAGAAGUGUAUGAUCCGAAAAAGGAAGCAAAAUUAUGGCAAGGAUUGGGUAUAUUAACAACUAAUACUAGUGAGAUCGAUAGUGAAAAGCCGCCGAGUGAGAACCCUUAUUACUUAACAUCAGUACCUGCUCUCCACAGUAAGCGGGAAUUGAAACGAAUUCGACGGGCUGAACGCAAAAGCAAACUGUCAAACUGGUUUGAUCUGCCGAGAGCUGAUAUAACAGAAGAAGAUCGUGAUGAUUUAGAAUUAAUCAGAUUACGUCGAGCUAUUUCAUCAGAUACACACGUGAGAAGAUCGGAUGGGAAAUCUGCUUACUUCCAAAGGGGUGUAGUUGUAGAUGAUCCUGGAAGCUUCUACGAUAGACUGCCACGAAAACAAAGAGGGAAAACACUUGUAGAUGAGCUUCUAGCUAAUGCUGAAAUUAUGAAGGCUCAACGAAAACGAUAUGCCAAGAUUGCACGUACUAUGGCUGAAAAACGGGCUGCUAUCAAAAGGAAAGAGCAACAACAAAUGAAGCGCUUAAAAACUGGCCGUAAAAAACAACAAGCAACAGUUGUUGUUCGUGAAUAA